AUUAAUAAUGAUGAAAGUGACCAGAAGACAAUUCAAUCGAUUGGACAAGAACAACAACAACAACAACAAAAACAACAUCUAAAACGACAUCGACAAUUCUAUGCAUGGAUUAAACGGCAUUUAUGGAUUUUUCCAUUAAUUCUUAGCACAUUAUUGAUUAUACUCUGUAUUAUACCGUAUAUUAUGUCAAUCCAUUAUGGUACUGUUGAUCCAUUAUUACCAUAUGUAAGUGAUACUGGUGGUUUAUCACCGGGUUCAAUGGUAUUCUCACAAAUUAUCGAUUUUAUUGCCAUUUUAAUAUUCAUUACAUGCUGGAUACGUUAUAAACAGAUAAAAUUCUAUUUGAAUAAUAAUUUUAUUGGAAAAAAUCUUGAUUACCUCAAUCGUUUACAUCGUAUGAAUAGACAUUCAUUUUGGUUGAUGAUCAUUUCAGGAAUAGGUGCUAUUGGUGUGGGAAAUAUUCGUACGACUGAAUUUUAUCCAUUACAUGUGGUCAAUGCUUUAACAGUUUUUAUAAGUGCAUGUAUUUAUGCAUGUUAUAGUACACAUUUAGCCCGAAUAUUGUAUAGAGAAUAUGGUAUUGAAUCACAACCAAUUACAAUGAUGUUUUGUGCAAUUAUAACAUCAAUAUCAAUGGUAAUGGUUUUAAUAUUUGAAAGUAUAAAUCGUUACCAGGUUGGUAAUGAAAAAUUUGAAAAUAAUAAUCAAUUUCGUAUGCAUUGGCCACAAACGGAUAAAGAAUCCUAUUAUGUACAUGUAACUGCCACAACAUUUGAAUGGAUUAUGAUAUUUACAUUCGCCAUAUUCAUUCUAUGUCUUUGUCGUCGUUUUCGAAUGAUUGGUUCAUAAUUGAUUGAUUGAUCAUCUUUCGACUAGUUGAAUAUUUUUAUAUCAUUUUUUUAUAUAAUUUUUUUUU